UCUGCGACUAGGCAGCGCGCCUUCUACGUCGCGUACACGCGUUAACUCCGAGGAUUUGUCCGUUAAUCCACAAUAUGUCAUUAUAAUUAUAAUCCUAAAACCCAUCGAUAAUAAUUAAUAUUAUUAGAUCUACUAUUAUAUGGGAUUUAAGGAAGAGAUUUAUCUUAUUAAAUAAAAUUCAUUCUAUUAAUAAUCGUGAUUUUGAAAUGUUUAAGACAUUAGUUUUGAUGAUCUUUUGGUGACAUGAUCACUUGCAAAGAACAACUAAACAACUCGAUUGUGUAAGGAUAAGAUAGCCUGCAACAAGUAUCUUCUUCAUAAAGAUUUAUCCUAAAACGGUUCCUUCUUUCGAAAAUGGGGAAAGGUGAAAGCAAGAAAUGUCAUCAACGUGAUCCUUUCUCAUACGUAUCGUAUAACUCCAAAAAGAGAACCUGAAGCGAGCGAAUGUGCGAACUGGGGUUACUUUCACCCUACGGGACGGCAAUAAGAAGACCCGUCGUCGUCCCAGGAGUCUCUUCUGUUGGUUGUUCUACGUUCUCAUGAGGCCACCACUACUACCGUCGGAAAACAUGAAGAACGAUCGUCCGACGAUGAUUCUCAGCUUUUGCGCGCUCCUUCUACUACUGAGACCUGACGUCUGUUCCCUGGAAAUACGAUCAUGCAAUCAGUCGUUAGGAAUGGAAUCCGGUGAUAUUCCAGAUUCUUCAAUCACUGCAUCAUCAUCGUACGUAACCAAUGUUGGUCCGCGUAAUGGAAGACUGCGAAAGGAAACGGCGGGUGGCGCAUGGUGUCCGAGGAGUCAGAUAGAAAGAGGAAUUCGCGAGUGGUUACAAGUGGAUCUUCAGGGAGGUCACGUGAUCACUGGGGUGCAGACGCAAGGUCGUUUUGAUCAUGGCCGUGGCCAGGAAUACGUCGAGGAAUAUACUCUUGAGUAUCGACGACCAACCUUUACCGAGUGGCGUCGAUAUAAACGUUCAAAUAACCAAGAGGUUUUCCCUGGCAACAGUGACACGUCUACGGUGAUCUCGCAUAAUCUCGUACCGCCAAUUUUUGCUAGUCAAAUUCGGAUCUUGCCACAUUCCGUUCACAGACGUACGGUUUGUCUUCGUAUCGAGUUGAGAGGUUGUCAAGAUACAAGUGGCAUCGUGAGUUACACAAUACCAGAAUCACCUAUGGAGGAACUCAGUGACACUUCGUACGACGGUAAAAGGCAGUACAACUCGUUGCUGACCGAUGGUUUGGGUCGACUGAUAGAUGGCGAGGUCGGCGCAGAUAAUUACAGGCUGGACAUGGGAGAUGGAAGAGGAACAGGUUGGGUUGCUUGGAUGCGUGAUACAUUCCCUAACGAUUUCGUAGAAAUUAUUUUAGAAUUUGAAAAUUAUUGGAUAUUCGAAGCUGUAUACAUUUACACGAACAAUUACUUUUCGCGAGAUGUUCAGGUCUUUUCAAAAGCCGAUAUUUGGUUCAGUCAAGAUGGCGAAUAUUACGAGGACGAACCUAUUGCCUAUUCUUACAUACCAGACAUUGUAUUGGAAAAUGCACGAAAUGUAACGAUAGGACUUCGCGGUAGACCGGGAAAAUUUCUUAAAUUUCAUCUUUAUUUUGCAGCACGUUGGAUAAUGAUUGGCGAGAUUAUGUUCGAUAAAUCAAAUCCAUACGAAAAUUUAACGGAUGAGACUACAUUGGUGUUGCAAGAUGGUGAAAUCCCGGUCAGUUCAAAUGCAGAUCUCAAUCUCAAUUUGCAAACAGUAACAGCCCCAGGUGAAGGACAAGAAUAUUUAGAAGUAUUGAUAGGUGUAUUAACAGCUAUUAUACUUCUCUUACUUAUGGUAUUCGGAGUGAUUUUAUUAUUAAAUCGACGACAAAAGCUACAAAGUUCACCAACCGUACUUAAAAAUCCGUUUGGAUUUACGAUUAAUAUGAAGGGAUUACUUUUAAAUUUAACACCUGGCGGCAUGUUGAAUGAUGGAGGUAAUCAUGCAUCAUCAGUUGACGCACCAGAAGACGCCAGUGUUCACGAGUCAUUAACAAUGGAACAAUUCGAUUCUCCAUUGGUCAGUCCACAAUGUAAAUCCACUUAUGCUAUCGUAGCUAAUUCUGAAUCUACGAAAGAUCCAGAUAACUCAACGAUUUCCGAAGAAAACGUAAGAUUGAACAAUCGAACGGAUUCGAUAUUGGAACCACUGAGUCGUUCAUCUUCCCCAACCGAAUCAACUUCCCGUCACGUUCAACAUUACAGAACAUUGCAAAGUUAUAGCAGUUGUAAUAGUAACAAAUUUAACCUAACGACGACGACAACAACAACAACAACAACAACAACAAUAACAACGUCAGCAACAAUUGCAACGACAUCAACAGCGACAACAACAAAUUAUCGUCGGGAUAUGGAUCGAACUCAUUCGAAACGUUGGCAUACAACACCUAAAGAAAAGUCUGUAACGUUACAGCAUAACAAUGUUACGUCAAUUAACAAGAUACCCGCACCCGUUGUCACUUGGAACAUAGCUCCUAGCAUGAACAAGCCAUACAAAUGCAAGGAAAUCGAACCCACCGGUAUACCACGACUUUGCUUAAGAACCACGGAGAAACUUGGCUCGAGUAUUAUCGGAGAAGCUAUCGUUUGCGAGACCGUAGACCUGGACGAUGUUAUACCGAGUGCCCCAAGAUUGGUCGUGGCCCGUGUACCAACUUGUAUCAACGACAUUCGAAGUGGGCACAUCAUCAGCAGUAACAACGGCAGCAGCAGCAGCAGCAGCAACAGCAACAGCAGCAGCAAUAAUGCUGGAGGGAUCGGCAUGCCGCCCGGUACGAACGAUCAAAUGAGAGAAGUGAGCUUUCUAUCUGGAUUGUCCGAUCCAAAUGUGGCAAGGAUCUUGGGUGUUUGUGCAGCCGAGCCAGCACCAUGGACAAUCAUCGAGUACACCGAACUCGGUGAUCUUGCCCAUUAUCUUCAGUAUAGCGUACCGCUUACAGGAACUUUAAGACCGACCUGCAAUCUAAAGACCCUCAGUCAAAACUGUCUACUAUACAUGGGUACGCAAAUAGCUUCGGGUAUGAGGUACCUCGAAUCAAAGAAUCUGGUACACAAGGAUCUGGCUGCCAGAAAUUGCUUGGUUGGUCGAUCCUACGCCGUGAAAGUUACCGAUAUCGCAAUGUGCAGCGAUCUUUACAAGAAGGAUUACAGCGACAUUGGUGGUAGACCACCAGCACCGAUCAGAUGGUUACCAUGGGAAAGUAUUCUCUUGGACAGGUAUACCUGUGCUAGUAGUACCUGGUCAUUCGCAGUCACGCUUUGGGAAGUUAUGAGUUUAGCUAGAGAAAAACCGUUUCAACAUCUUACCAAUGAUCAAGUGAUUAGAAAUGCCGAACACAUGUAUUACGGAGAAGAAUCACAAGUAUUUCUACCAAAACCAACGAUGUGUCCAGAUGACGUUUACAAAAUGAUGUGUUCCUGUUGGAGAAGGGACGAAGAAGCUAGACCAUCAUUCAAAGAUAUUUAUUCGUUUUUAAAGAACACAAUAACGGAUUAUCGACCAGGCACAUAACAUCGAUAAACAGUGAACGAAUUGUUCCUCGUAUCGAAUGACAACGUUAUCGGAUGGGCUAUGAGUAAUUUGAAACGGUAUUUGCCAUACCGUUUCAUUUGAGCUUCGGCACUUAGGUGAAAAUCUUAGAAAUCUUUGAAAAAGUACACGACCAGGAGCACAACAAAAUCUUUCCUCUGUUUUUAAUGUUCGCGUGUUUGAAAGAACUUUCAUCAAAGAAACUAAGAAAAAAAAAAGAAUAAAAAAAGGAUGAAAAAAAGAAAUCUAAGAAAUGCGUAUUUGCGUUAGAAUCUCAUAUCUAAACGCAUCUAACAUUAACCUACCGCUCUAGAUUCGUCAACUGAACUUCCGUAAAUGCUAACUAACGGUUUAUUUGCUGCUGAUUGGAUUGCGAACAAUUAGCUACACGUUUCCCGUUAAUACGAUAAACGUGUCAAAUGAGAGAGACUGCCAGUGUGCAUGUGCAUCUGUGUGUAUGUGUGUGUGUAAUAUGUGUGUAAAUUGGACAAACAAAACAAAAAGAAAUAUCAGGUAAACAAUUAUGUAUUUUUCCUACGUGGGAGAGACAGUUGUUAGGAUCAUUAAUUUUUCCUU